AAGGAGUUACGUGUGCUCCAAGCGAAAACCCAGCAAAAACCCUCCCACUUUCUCUCCACUGUUCGAAACCUACCCUUCUCAAAAACCCUCUCAAUUUAUAUUUUUCUCGUCCAAAUUCGUUUCACUUCCCUGAUUUCGAUUCUCUCCUACUCUUUUUCUUAUUACUUAGAAUUUAGUAAGUCGAGGGGUAUCGUGUCGGAUCACAAAAGUUAUUAUGGGUUUUAUCAGUUUCCUUUGAGAAUCUCAGUUGCUUUUUUGUUGAGUUGUUGAAUGGGUUUUUCCCAAGAAAGACGAAGAAAACAAAGGCGGAGGUCUUUCAAGGAUUCCCUUAAAGCUCUUGAAGCUGAUAUCCAAUUCGCCAAUGCCCUAGCUUCUGAUUAUCCAAGAGACUUUGAUGGUGCUUGCCUCCAAAUGAGAUUAUCCUACAGUCCAGCCGCUCAAUUUCUCCUUGUACUUUUUCAGUGGACUGAUUGCCACCUUGCUGGAGCCUUUGGAUUGCUUAGAAUUCUGGUAUACAAGGCAUAUGAUAAUGGGAAGACCACAAUGACUGUUUAUGAAAGAAAAGCAAGUCUGAAGGAGUUCUAUGGUGUAAUCUUUCCCUCCUUAUUGCAACUACAAAGAGGGAUCACUGAUGCUGAAGACAGGCGACAAAAAGAUUUAUGUGCUACAAAGUAUAAGUCGGUAGAAGCGAUGAACAAACGAGAGAUGUCUGAAAUUGACAUAGAGGGAGAAAAUGAAUGCGACAUUUGCAUGGAGAUGAACAGAAGGGUUGUGUUGCCUGUCUGCAGCCACUCAAUGUGCAUGAAAUGUUACCGAGACUGGUUUCCCUUAAAAAAAGGAAAGGAAAGGAAAGGAAAGGAAAAGAGGUUAUUAGCUGAUGCUCUUAGGCGAGCACGAUCUCAGUCUUGCCCGUUCUGCCGGGGAAAUCUGACGAGAGUUAACUCAGGUGACCUUUGGAUCUACGUGAGCAGCAAUGAUAUCGAGGACUUAGAUUCAAUUAUCAAGGAGAAUGUAAAUAGGCUAUUUAUGUACAUUGAGAAGUUGCCGCGCCUAGUUCCAGAUCCUAGUUUCGCAUCUUAUCUUCAGCAUUGGUGAGUGGCUGGAGCAGCUCAUAUGUGGUUUCCUUUCGCAUUUCAAAUAGGGUUUUUCCCAUUUGGUUUCAAUUAGUGUCAAGUUUUAGAGUCCAUGCUUAGCAUCCUCCUAUUCAUUUACUUGCAGUGAAGUUAGAUGAUAAAUUGAUAUGCCAAUUUAGGUUGGUGAGUGACUAUUGAAUUUUUUUUUCCCAUAAAGAAAUAUCUAUUCAUAUAUUGGCUUCUUAAUUAUUACAAUAUUCUUGUGGCGAAAUGAUUCAUAACUUUUCAUGUGAUUGUCAGUCAUAUGACUGAUGAUUCAAUUUGUGUCGUA